CCUAGGAAACCUAACAAAUAUUAACAAGGAAGUCUUCAUUCUGCUACAAUGGAGAUGAAGAGAGCAAUAUGCGUCUGCCUCUUGUUGGCUCUUUUUCUCGCUCUUUCAUUACAAACUAGUGCAGCAACAUAUGCUGUAGACAACGGCUACAGGGUGGCCCCUCCUCCAAAACUAACUGAGAAAGAGUGCGGUAAGAAAUGCGAGGUGAGAUGCAAGAAUAAUGACGGGUACCACAAAAUGUGCUUAAAAAUGUGCAAUGUUUGCUGUAAAUCUUGUAGUUGUGUUCCCAGCGGGCAGUCUGGUAAUGGGGAUGAAUGCCCAUGUUACAGAGACAGGAAGAACCACAAAGGCAAAUCCAAGUGCCCAUGAAUCAAACUUGGUGCUCUUUCUUUUGGUUUAGUGUUGUUAUGGAAGGAGGUGAAAUAAAUGUAUUACACAUUUUCUGAGCGGAUUCAUAUGUAUUGUUUACUAGUAAACAGACAUCUAAAGUCUAAUUAAAUACC